CGUUUAUCUUUCUCAUUCUCUCUCUCGUUCUUUUCGCCUAAGACUAAGAGUGAGAACAGCUGUGUCUCGGGCAGAGAGGGUGGGAACUAAGGGCUUGAUGAGGGGGGGAGUGUGAGAAUCGCCCACAAGAGAUCAGACCUCUCCCUCUCACACCUCCUUCUGUCUGCGGACUUGUCAGAGCGCAAGCCACCCUCCGCCAGGGGAUCUAAUCUUCCGCAGAGAGAGGGUGCAAAUAGACAGAGAGGGUGGACAUAAAGUGAGCGCCACAUGAUCUCUGAGAAACAGGCAGGCAUCCGGCGCAAGAACUGCCCUCCUGGUUCACUCUUUACAUGGUCUCUCGAUAGACGGGACAUUAACUAACUCCAGUGUCGAAACCAAGAGAGAGAGAGAGCGGUGGCGAGGAGAUCAACUAGUUCACAGCAGCCGUUGGACUCGUUUUUAUUUUACCGAGGGAAGAGUUGGGAAGGGGGAAAGGGGGAGAUCAUGAAGGGUUUCGUGGGACAUUUGUUGGCCGUGACCACUGUGUAUCUGUGCGCCACAGCUGAGCAGAGCAGCAGCAACAGAGUCCGCAAGCAGCGUUCUCUUGCGGGCAUGUGCCGCUAUGGACUUCGGUCGGACUGCUGCUGGGGAUGGAACCGCAGACCCUGGGGUCAGUGCCAACCUUUCAUCCCGUAUUUGCAGAGAAUAUGCCAAGUAAAGUACCCUCGGAAAGCUGUGUGCCAACAUGGAUGUAAACACGGAGAGUGUGUGGGACCAAACAGAUGCAAGUGCUAUCCAGGCUACACGGGCAAAACAUGCAAUCAAGAUUUUAACGAGUGUGGGAUGAAGCCUCGGCCAUGCAAGCAUCGGUGCAUGAAUACGUACGGCAGCUACAAGUGCUACUGCCUGAAUGGCUACAUGCUCAUGUCUGAUGGAUCGUGUGCAAAUACACGAUCGUGCGCCAUGGCAAACUGCCAGUACGGCUGUGAUAAGGUGAAAGGAGAAAUCCACUGCCGUUGUCCAUCUGCUGGGCUACAGCUUGCUCCAGACAGCAGGACCUGCGUAGACGUUGACGAGUGUGCUGCUGGCAGGGUUGUGUGCCCUCGUUUCCGGAAAUGCAUUAAUACAUUUGGAAGUUACUUCUGCAAAUGCCACGAUGGCUUUGAACUGCGGUACUACGAUGGGAAGUAUCGGUGUCUAGAUAUCGAUGAGUGUUCAAGGAGGACACAUAAAUGCAAUUCCUUUGCUACCUGUCACAAUAUACCAGGCUUUUAUAAAUGCAAGUGUGUGAGAGGCUUCUGGGGCAAUGGUUACGGCUGUACAGUUGACAAGAAAUACCCUGUGUUUACGAUCCCACCCAAAGGCGGAAACAAUGGAACUGGGAAUGGUAUUUAUGUGCCCAACACCACCCCAGCAAUGAGUAGGAGGAAAACCACCACGGUGACCCCGCCAUUCAUUAGCAAGAAGCCAGAGGUCAAAACACAACGUCCCAUCCCAACCACAAAGCCAAGCACAACCACAGCCGCGACAACAACAGUAAGGACAACAACAAUUGCAACCACAACCAGCACAACCUCAGCUGCAACCACGACGUUAGCCACGCCGGUGGACAACAGAAUACCCAUUGAAGUCCCACGGCAAAGAGGGGAUGUUUUCAUCCCACGUCACCCUGGAGGGAAUGGGGCUUUACUCGGCCUUCUUGACAUUGAAAGGGGGAUUACCGCAGACGAAAAUGAUGCCGGAGACGACCAAGAUAUUUUGGUGAACAGCUGCAAUUUUGACCACGGAAUGUGUGGCUGGACACAGGAGAAAAAUGCAGCACUUCUCUGGGAGCGAGUCCCUGAAGUGUCAGGUCGUGGUUGGUAUCUGACUCUUCACGUGACCCACCACAAGCGGAGGGAGGUCGCCCACAUUUUCCUGGUGCUGGGGCCAACGACAGGUGCGGGCAACCUCUGCCUUUCCUUCAGGCACAAGCUGUCCGGAGACUCUCCAGGAAAGAUCCAGGUGUUCGUGAAGAGGAAUGGCAUUUAUGGACACACACUGUGGGAGAGGAACAGGGGGCGUGGCUGGAGGACGAGUUGGUUCACACUGAGGGGACCAGGUCUUGAGAGCGUCAUCUUCAAAGGGGUUCAAGAGAAGAACAGAGGAGUCAUCGGUCUGGAUGAUAUCAGCUUGCAAAAAGGCCAAUGCUCGGGAAGGCCUUGGGGGCAGUAGUGAAGCAGAGGGUUCCACAUCUGAAAGGACACCCCACCUCAUCCCCCUCUGUGUGAGGACUGAAUGCAGGGGGGAGAAGUAGCUGACUGCCAUUCUAUUUGGCUCCUGGGUACAAUCUUUCCUGGACACAGCCCUCUGAGGGCACAAGAGAUUCAAACAAACUCCGCAUUUUUAAUAAACCUUAUCUGUGUGCUUAUGCGAUUAGUCUGUGGUCCAGUAAUGCUGAUGAGUAUGGCUAUGAAAUCUCCAGAAUGAGAGGGGUGUUGGUUCGAACAGCCGCUCUAAAUGACACGACUCAUUAAUCGACAUUAGGCUGGAGUGUGGACCCACCCAACUAGAUGUCAACGCCUUGCACGAAUCAUAUCUCUGUCAUUCUUAUCAGGGCACUGGACUGGAAACAUCCUAAACGUUGUCCUGAUGAGUCUUGGCCCUCGGAUGGUAAAUAUCUCACAUAACCUGAAACCUGGGUCCAGCAUCACCUUUUUAGAAGUUUCCAUGUGAAGUUAAUCUGACACCACGCACGUAUAUUUGAGCUGCAAGGGACUUCAGUCAGUAGUCACUCCAUUAAUUCCUGGCCCUUUUUCUUCCUCUCCUCCUUCUGCUCUUGCCCGUCAUGCAGGGUCUCAUUGUGGUGCUCCACCCCUUUGUCAUCCUCCACCUCAUUACAGGUGCGUAACUGAGGACUUGUUAAAUUGCAGUCACUGCCGUCUCAGCUUAAAGCUGCCUGGCAACUCUCCUCACACCCCAUUCCCACAUUGAGCAUGUUGUUGUACACUGGGAAAUCAUUCGGCUCCAUGCGGGAGGGACUCCUGUACUGUCCUGGAUCGCGUCACAUGGACUGCCGCUUAGUAACCCAGGUGACUGUUUCUCCUUCACAUUUUUGUCUCUUAAGAGCUUGACAGUGGUCGUGCCAUGAAUAUGUUUCUACAAUGUGCUUUUGCUUUUAAUUGUUUGUUUAGUAAUUGAUGCCAAACAACAACUAUAGCCAUUUAAAAAUGUACCUACGUGUAAAUGAAUUCUUUAUUGUUUGGGAUGAUUGUCUCACUCUAUUUAACAUGCGUUUGUUUCACAUUUACUUGAGCAUGCACUUACUGCAGCUAUUUGUAUUUGUGUAGGCACUCCAUAGUACUGCAUAUAACACUGCAGGGAAUUACACAGUUGUACUUUUACAUGCUUUUCAGGCAGCUAUUGAGGAGGUUUGUAGCAGUGUUUAUUUAGGAAUGCAAAUUGAUGGGAUUAUCAGAAUACAAAACUCACUUCCUGAUUUUACCAGAACACACAAAUGGUUGCAAACCCAGAAAAUUAAAUGGUGAGUAUGCACAUUAUUCCUUAUAUAUUGCAAUAAAUAAAAAUAAAGUUUUCUUUUCAAGAGGAACAAAGCAAUACAUCCAGAUCACAGUGGCCCUUGUUUGGCAGUCAGGGUGCAGGAAACUAGUCCAGUGUGAUUGGGUGGGAUAUCUUGUCUUGGUUAUGUUCACACCCAGUAAAUACCCUUCAGUUAAGUACCCUUCAUCACUACAAGGUUUUAUAGCAAGACUUCAGCUGUUCCACUCCUUAUAACUAUAGCUACCAAUUAUGAUUGUAGCUUGAGAGUGGGACUAUUUCUGAUCAGUAUGGUCAGUCCUUGAAUACAUCCUGUAUUGUGUGUUAACAUUUAUCAGUUUGUUCAGUAAUCCUCGUUAAACAACACCCAUGAACACUAUUGGGUGGCACUAAGACUCAGAGCUCAUUUUGUGAUUCCUGUGGCACUAUGUUUACAAUGGUAGUUAUUUUUUCUUGAAUUCUCACAUGGUCACAUAUUCUAUUAGUAAACAUUUUUGGUCUGAAUAUAUUUUUUGCCCCCACUGAAUAUAUUUCUUGCCCAGCAUUCUGCGUUAUCAGACCCAUGCCUGUCCCCAAUGAAAGGCAGUCAGUGGAUCCAAAAUAUAGGCCUUCAUGGGUGAUGAUGGAAUAUUUAUUACAGAAUAUUUAACACAGGCAGGAAUGGCAUUUCUUUAUGAAGUUAAUGACAACGAGUCAACCUUUGUUUAAAACUGGCCACCAUUCGAUGGAAGCCACCCCAUUCACUGGAAGGGAAUCAAAGGGUUAAAAAUGUGCUGAUUUUUGUAAUAAAAAUGGACUUGUGUAAAA